AACGUACAAAUUCAGCCUGGGUCUCAAAGGCCUGAUUGUCAAACCCCGAGGCGACGUUGGGCGGGAAUCAGGCAGUAUGAGGGCAGCCCCAAGGAGCUGAAAGCCCCCAACCCGCUUCCUCGGGUGAAGACGUAGCUGCGGGUGGCGGCGCUAGUGGCGGCAUCCAAGAUGUCGACCAAAAAUUUCCGAGUCAGUGACGGGGACUGGAUUUGCCCUGACAAAAAAUGUGGAAAUGUAAACUUUGCCAGAAGAACUAGCUGUAAUCGAUGUGGUCGGGAAAAAACAACUGAGGCCAAGAUGAUGAAAGCUGGGGGCACAGAAAUAGGAAAGACACUUGCAGAAAAGAGUCGAGGCCUAUUUAGUGCUAAUGACUGGCAAUGUAAAACUUGCAGUAAUGUGAAUUGGGCUAGAAGAUCAGAAUGUAACAUGUGUAAUACUCCAAAAUAUGCUAAAUUAGAAGAAAGAACAGGAUAUGGUGGUGGUUUUAAUGAAAGAGAAAAUGUUGAAUAUAUAGAAAGAGAAGAAUCAGAUGGAGAAUAUGAUGAGUUUGGACGUAAAAAGAAAAAAUAUAGAGGGAAAGCAGUUGGUCCUGCAUCUAUAUUAAAGGAAGUUGAAGAUAAAGAAUCAGAGGGAGAAGAAGAGGAUGAGGAUGAAGAUCUUUCUAAAUAUAAAUUAGAUGAGGAUGAGGAUGAAGAUGAUGCUGAUCUCUCCAAAUAUAAUCUUGAUGCCAGUGAAGAAGAAGAAAGUAAUAAAAAGAAAUCUAAUAGACGAAGUCGCUCAAAGUCUCGAUCUUCACGAUCUUCAUCACGCUCAUCCUCCCCCUCAAGUUCAAGGUCUAGGUCCAGGUCCCGUUCAAGAAGUUCUUCCAGUUCGCAGUCAAGAUCUCGUUCCACUUCCAGAGAACGUUCGAGAUCUCGUGGGUCGAAAUCAAGAUCCAGCUCCAGAUCCCACAGGGGCUCCUCUUCCCCACGAAAAAGAUCUUAUUCAAGUUCUUCAUCUUCUCCUGAGAGGACCAGAAAGAGAAGUCGUUCUAGAUCUUCUUCACCUGGUGAUAGAAAAAAAAGACGAACAAGAUCACGGUCACCCGAAAGCCAGGUGAUUGGUGAAAACACUAAACAACCCUGAGCCCAGGGCCAACCCCUACGGAACACCACUACUUUACCCAGGCACCACAGGUCAUCUUCUGGAUCAUCCCAUUCUGGUUCCCGUUCAAGUUCAAAAAAGAAAUAGUGUAUUAAAAUUUACAUCUUACAAAAAAAAAAUCCAGUACAGUGCAUGAAGCAUAUUUUUUAAGAAAUUGAUGUCUUUCUUUGUCAGAAGUGCUAAAUCUGCUAGUAGAGGUGCAUGCCUUUAUUGAUUUUUCAGAACAGAACAGUACAACUGUGUUUGUGACAGUAAAUUGCAUUUUAAGCCAUAAUUUCCCCCAAGUAGAUGUUCUAUUCAUUAUUUUACAACCACUUGCUUAAUUUAAAACCAUAGGAAUACUUUGUUUCCUAAUCUAAGUAUAUCCUGUCUAUUGCAUAAGGCAGGAUUUUGUAGGUUUGCCUGAACUUUGACAUACAGGCAAGACUAAAGGAAACCUGUUUGUUGAUCUGGGAAAAGUCUGUUUAUGUUAUUAACCCAUGUCAGAAUGGUUUUUUAAGUUUUAGAACUCCAAAUGAAACAUUUUUAUUUUAUAUUCCCUAUGUUCAGGGUGCCUUAGAAUCAUUUUCUUUCUUUUAUCCAGCUUUAUACCAGUUUGCACCACCAUCUAUCAUGCAAAAACAAAUUGUAGAAGGAGAAUGGUUUUCCUUUCUGACCCAUGGGCAAGGAAGAAAGUCCUAACAGUUCAUCUGAUGUUGUCGACUGAAAAGAACAUGUUAUUCAAAAUGUUUAUCUUAAAACUAAGAAGCUUUUAUUGAUAACCUUUAAAAAUCCAGUUGUCAAAUAUGACAGGGUUGAAAAGUCUAAAUCAAUAAUGAGCCCAUUGAAGAAAGCUUUCAAGGUAUACAUCUGGUGAAAAGCCAACAAAAACAUUGUGAAUUUAAAAGAAUGUUUGCCAUGAGAUGUUUAAUUUUCAGUAAGCUUUGUAAAGUUUGCUUAAUAACAAUGCUUAUUUCUUUAUGAUUUAAUAAGCAAAACCCAUUAUUCUUCUUCACUCAAAAAGUUUUUAUGGCUUAAAAUGCUUUGUUUUAUUUCUCAGAAUUAGUAUCUGGUCAUUUGAACUCCCAUUCUGUUUUUCUGGCUAAAAAGUAGAAAGGUUUCUCUUAACAGUAUCUUCAAAGACAAUAUAAGGUAAGUAUCCUGAGGGAUAUAAAAAAUGUGCUUGGGGUUCUUUUUAUGGGGUAAUGAAUCUCCUAUUCUUGUUACUCCCCACCCCCUAAUAUUGUCAGCUGCAAUUUAAAUGAAAAGGCGUUUUAUGGUGUUUAGUAGACAAACCAAAAUGUUUUUUAUUUUAAAGUGGGUUUUUUUCUCUUCACCUAAUCUAAAGAUGAAAAAAUAUGUAGAAAUAUUUUGAUAAUAUUUUUACAACAAGCUUUCCCUUGUUUUUGUCUUAAUUUUCCUUGCUACAUGUAUGGUAGGUUGCACAAGAAUUUUUAUUCUCUUGUAAUUGUGCCUCGACUUUUUGAAAGUCACCUUCUAAGUUGCCCAGGUGAUCUUCUAAAUGAUACAUGUAACAUUGGUUUAUUCUUGUGCUUUCUGUAUUUAAAUUUUUGGCUGUACUAAGCAAAUGCAAGAUUCUAAAUUUAGCUAAUAGUUUACAGACAAUUCAGAUGAUUAUGAUUUCAUUUGGUUCAACUGAGUUGUACUAGUUCAUUUCUAAAGGAAAUAAUACUGUAGACAAAUGUAAAUAAAAUCUGUGAGUCAAGCAUCAAGUGGUGUUAGAAAUAAACUAAAAAUUUCUGAGCUGU